CCACCAUGCUCAGUCAGAACGGAAGCUCGGGCUCGCUCGACUCGCUCUUCGACGAGGAGUCCGAUGGCGAAUGCGCGGGCGCUGUAGGGGAGGUAGUCCCCGCGUCCCGGAACCCACCACCCAUCCCCGGUCUUUACGUCUACCCCGGUCUACUUCCACGAGAAGUCGCCAGUGAGGUUGGGUUCCCCGCUUGCGCUGAUGCCAGGUACUGUCCUCGGCGCCAUAUCUGACGCAGACCACUUUGCCGGAGGCCAACGCGACCAGGUGAUGCUCUUCUCGCGGCCGCCUUCCGAGGGUCCCUCCUCUCUCCCACACCACAUUGCGGCACUUGACACCGCACUCGCUACGCUCUUGGAGCCGCAUCUCCCACCCGAUAUACACGCUCUCGCCUUCCAUCAGGAGCUGGGGCGCCAGGCCAUUCUCAAUCUCUACACCCCUGGCUCGGGGAUCACGCCGCACAUCGACCUCCCGCGGCGGUAUGCGGACGGCAUUGUCGGUGCCUCCUUAACAGGUGGAUGUGUGAUGACCUUUACACGCGGCGCGGCGCGACAUGACGUAUACCUCCCCCCGCGGAGCGUGUAUGUCAUGUCUGGCUCAGCGCGAUGGGAGUGGGCGCACGGCAUUGCGUAUCGCAUGGAGGAUGUGGUGUUGGAUGGCGAGGAGGAGCGUAUGAUCCCGCGUGGGCUGCGGCUCAGCGUCACAUUGCGGUGGAUGAAGCCGAAUGCGGGGCUGUUGAUCUGAGGAUGCGUUGUUCCCUGUUGUAUGCAAUACUUCACGCCACAUGAGCUAGGGCGGGAAGUG